AUGUCUAAGGCUCAAAUCCAUCUCCAGCUCAGGUGUCGAGCCCUCUUGUUUGAUAAAGCCACAAUCGCUCUCUUCCUCGGAUGCCAUCCUACCAACGCCGCUAAUUCUUCUUCUUCAGUUGCCGUUUCAAUGCUUAAUCCAAAUUAUUUACAAUUGCACGGUGAUGUCGUGUACUUUACUUUGGAGGGCUCGUCACAGGAUGGUGGUGCUGCAUCUAAUACGGCACCCUCCAAGUCAAAAUUGUCUUUUAGUGCUGGAUCGAGGUAUGGUGAAUCAGAAUUUGAUAGUUUAUCCCAGAGACAUAGGAACGAAGAGUUGCCAGAGACUUGGUAUAAUAAAUUUAUUGAGAAGUAUAAACUUACAAGACCCUAUAAGUUGUCUUUUGGGGAUCGAGAGUCUGAAGAACGUACUCUAGAGGAAAUGACUAAGUAUCUUAGAACGCUCGAGAAGCAUAAGAGAAGACAAGCGGCAUUUCAGGAUGAUCAGUAUACAGGAUAUGGAAAUACUGAUCUAGAUGGCAAUAACUCAGCCGAUGACGACACCCCUUUCUUCCCUGAAACAAAGUUUACAAUGAACUGUGUACCUGAUAGUCCCCUCCCUCCAACAAGUAGAGUGCUGGAUAAGAAGGCAAUAGUGUCUUAUGGAGUUCUUGAUACUCUACCACAGGGUGCAAACAUAAAUAGCAGGAAGACUCCCAAGAAGCAUCUUAGUCAGGAGCAAGCAUCACAGAAUUCUCGAAAGGUCAUAGCAUGGUUACUGACUGGUGUCGGGUUUGAAGAUGCCACAGAAGCUCCAGUGGAAGUCUUCUCUCAGUUUCUCAGCUGUCAUAUUUCUAAACUUGGUCGUAAUCUAAAAGCUCUGACUGAUAAUUACAGAAAACAAUGUUCAGCCAUUGAACUAAUCGGGAUGUUCCUUCAAACAUCAGGAUAUAGUAACUUUGGGGUUCUAGCUGAAUUUGUCAAAGAUAUACCAAGAACUUAGUGCAGCAAACUCAGCAACAAAUGCGUGCAAUCCAGUCUCAAUUGCAGCCACAUCACCAAAAUGCUCUUCGAAUGGCCCAGCAACUUCAGAUGACA